CCAAUAGAUGGCAGUGUUCUGCUGAAGAUUGUUUCAGGGGCGCAGGGCGACUCCAUAGGACCUCCAUCAUAGCUAGCUAGCAUCACAUUUUGGGCGGUCGACGCAUUUUAAAACAAGUAAGGAACGCAUCAAAUCUUCAGUCAUCAAAGUAUAAGUUUAUAUAUGGACAUCUGAAGGCAGCAUAAACUGGACAUGUCAGUUGACAAAGUACCCAGCCUAAGGGCUCUGUUGGUUGUUGCCUUCACCCUGUUGUGCUUCGAGGGAAUCUCCAUCGUUCAUGCCAAUAAGAAUUUUGAAGACGUGCGAUGUAAGUGCAUCUGUCCGCCCUACAGAAACAUCAGCGGGAACAUCUACAACAGGAAUGUGUCACAGAAAGACUGUAACUGCUUGCAUAUUGUGGAUCCAAUGCCUGUUCCCGGACAUGAUGUGGAAGCUUAUUGUCUGCUCUGUGAAUGCAAGUAUGAGGAACGCAGCAGUAACACAAUCAAGGUGACCAUAAUAAUCUACCUGUCUGUUGUGGGCAGCCUUGUCUUGUACAUGCUCUUCCUGUUGCUCAUUGACCCACUCAUCCGCAAGCAUCAACCUUACACACAGCAACUUCACAACGAGGAGGAUGCAGAGGACAUCCCGCCUCAGGCCGAGGACGCCCUGGAUCGUGGGAGCACCGUUCUGGAGCGGGUAGAAGGAGCUCAGCAGCGCUGGAAGAAGCAGGUGCAGGAACAGCGGAAGACUGUGUUCGACCGUCACAAGAUGCUCAGUUAAAGCCGCCCAGGCUGCUGUCAGCUCAGAUCUCCUCUUUUUUGCCCCAAAGUGCUACUGUCAAGGUCACGCUUCAAACAAGGAUCUGGAUGUCAAGUAGCAUUGGUGUCCUUCAAAAACAAUAUGGCUCCGUUUGUCUAAUAUAAUCAACUAAACUGGAUAGUGUAGUAAGUGUCUGGAAGUGGACUGACACUUCAGCACUCAGUCUUUGUAAGGGAAACUACUGCUACUUGAAUCCGGACGCUUUCAUAAAGUUCUCACUCAAGCUAACCAAUUACGCUGCCUUGUGAAACCAAACCUAGAUUUGGAAUACAUGAUUUGUCAUGAUUUGAUGGUUGUAUUAUUUGUAUGUAUUUAUCUACUUUUAUUUGUUAUCAACGUAAGCAAGCGAGACAAAGGGACUGAUUUCUUUAAAUUGAGUUGCACUUUUAUCAAAUGAAUAUUGGUUUUAUGUGGUCUCUUAAAUUCCUCAGACUAAUCCAGUUUUGUAGAAAUUGGUUCAUCAGAUAUACCUAGAUAUCUACCACUAACAUUUCUAGAAGCUUCAAGGUACAGUUUUAAAGUAGGAAAUCGCUGAGGAUGUAUGAUUACAUUUGGCAUGUUAUUGAGAAAACCAUGAAGCUACAGUUAAAUCACCCCAUGGCAUAUCAUUCUCCUUUAGUUGUACCUAACAUAUAAUAACCACAUAAGCUACUUCGCUAGUCUGCACUUUCUCUGAAAGAUUUGAAAAAUCUACUUUCACUGUUUGCACCUCCAUUUUGGAAGGUGUUUAAAAGUUAUUUAUUUCCUAUUGAAUUUGUGGUAGUUUUUGAAACUAUUACUUGAAUUGGUUGUGACAGUAAAUGUGAAAUUUCUGUUGUUUUGCACAGUUUUUUUUAUUUGAAGUACAUAUGAUUAACUUGUUGUAUUAUGCACUGUACCUGUGUUUUCAUGCUUGUAUUGUACGUGGGGAGCAUAAAAAGCUUAAAUAGCUUAAA